CACACGUGGCUUCACCCAUGUCGCCGACGAGACACGCAGCAACCACGUCGAGAUAUGCAUUUCCUACUAUAUAAACGCAAGAGAGAAGCAAGGGAAGGGGAAAUCAUCAUUUCAUACGAAAACGAGGAAAUAAACAAAAGCUCUUAACUAAUCAAUCGUAUUCUCAGUUUUCUUUCAAUCAUAAAAAUGUCGGAGUUGCUAGGCAAGGCCAAGCAGUUUUUGGCAGAGAAGGUGGCUAAAGUCAAGACCCCAGAGGCUACCGUCACCGACGUGAAUCUUGAAGGCGUGCACCGUGACAGCAUAGACUACGGUGCAAAGGUGUCUGUCGAUAACCCUUAUGAAGCUGCGAUCCCUAUUUGCGAGAUUUCUUACGUUCUCAAAAGUGAUGGCAGGGUGAUCGCAUCUGGGACAAUACCAGACCCUGGCUCGCUGAAAGCUAAGGACACAACAAUCUUAGAUGUGCCAGUGAAGGUGCCACACAGUGUACUGGUGAGCUUGGUGAAGGACAUUGGUAGAGACUGGGACAUAGACUACGAGUUGGAAAUAGGUCUCACAAUUGACCUCCCUGUCGUCGGCAAUUUCACCAUUCCUCUCUCCUGGAAGGGUGAAGUCAAGCUGCCUUCCCUCUCCGAUCUGUUCUAAUUCUCUCCUUUACGUUGGGUCUCGAUCUAUUUUACGACUAUAUAUGCUAAAACAAAAAUAAAAGGAAAUGUGUUUUUGUUU